GGCGCAGGAAUGCUCGCCGUCUUCUACAGCUGCUGGGUUUCGUUUCGCAUCAGCUGGAGCUGUUGGCGGCUGACAGAAGCGUCCCCGAGGCUGUCCGUUACUUCUCCUGCAGCCAGAAAGGGUGUGAAAGGCGUCGGGAUGGCCACGGCGCAGUCGGUGCUGCUGCUCGCAGUCCACGUUCUGCUCAUCUCCGAGUUCAUCCUGGCCAAGAGGGACUACUACGAGGUGCUGGGGGUGCCCAGGGAUGCCACGGAGCGCCAGAUCAAGAAGGCGUUCCACAAGCUGGCCCUCAAGUAUCACCCCGACCGAAACAAGGGCGCGGACGCGGAGGCGAAGUUCAGAGAAAUAGCGGAGGCUUAUGAGACGUUAUCGGACGUGAAGAAAAGGCGAGAGUACGACCAGUUUGGCCACUCUGCCUCAUCAGGAGAGGCCUACAGAGGCAGCGGCUCUGCCAGGGACUACGACUUCAGGCAGCACUACCAGUCCUUCAACUUUGACGACCUCUUCAAAGACUUUGACCAUUUCGGUCAGCGACACCAGCACCACUUCCACUCUCACAAUCAGGCGCACCAGAAGAGACACUUCGACGGCCACUUCCAGGCUCACAAGGAGUCGAUGAGCAGGCAGCGGCGGGGCUUUCAGCAGGGGGGCUUUGGCGGGGGACUGUUUGACGACAUGUUCGAGGACUUGGAGAAAAUGUUCUCCUUCAACUCGCACGCUUCCAGGACUGAGGGCAGGUUUCAAGGCUCGGCCAAGCAUCACUGCAGGACGGUGACUCAGCGGCGGGGCAACAUGGUGACCACCUUCACCGACUGCUCCUGAGAUCAGAAGGGAGGAGGGGGGAGGAACCGGGACGCUGCACAGGAUUUAGUUGUAGUGCUGAAAUUGAAAUCUAAUUUAUCACUUGGUGUGGCUUUUGUAAUUCUCUGCAUAUUUCUGUCAACAGAUUCCCAAGCAGGUCAAAUAAGUGGCUGCUUUGAAGCAAUAACUCAUCCACGUUAUCGAUUAUAGCAUGGGACUAAGACCGAGGACCACUCAAACACUUCCCCCUUUUGUUCAGCCUUCUUUGGUCGAUGUGUUCGCUUUGUUUAUUAUUAUGAGUGCAGUUCGACACUCGGGUACGGCCUGCGUUUAAGCGAUGCCCUAAAGCUCUUGUUCAGAGUUCUCAGCAGCUAACCCAGCCAUCGUGACGCGCUUCCCGGCUCCGAAGCUACGACAAACGCCAGUUCCACUCAGCGGAGCGUCUAGGAAAUCCAGCCGUCACCAACAGUUACCUCAUUUUAAGUUUUUCUUCUUGCAGAGAUGCGUCUCCCAUCACUCAGUCAGCGUAGGAAAUUAGCAUCAGUCCCAUGAAAAAGGCCGGGAAAGGGGCGCGGCGGGGCGGCUUACUGCGUCGCCGGCUCGUUUCUCGGUCAAGCUGGAUGGCCUGACGGGUUAAGUUUCCCAAACUGAUGUGACUGUGCAAUAUUUAGCACCUUUGCUCUUCAUGUUGCCUAUGAUUUUAAAGACAGUGCCCUGCAAACGUCAUUGUCUUCACAUCUGCACUUUGUCUGUGUGUAUGCGCGUGUGUGUGUGUGUGCGCAGAGUGUUGAUUGGAAAAGUGUUUUGUCAUUAAAACAUGAGAUCAAA